GCAAUUGCGAAAAGUGUGCAAGUUUUUGCACGAUAUCUAUCAUCUAUUCACUGAAACAUUACCAUGAAAACACCGCGCUCGUGGAAUCUGUCCUCUAAAUCACAUCGUGCGGGGAAAAUACUGUUAGCUACUGUUUGCGGCUUUUUAAUGACUCAAGAUGUUUAUAAUUUGUUUCCACGAGAGGCCAUGCCGAACGCGGGAAAAUUCAGCCCCCACAAGAACGCGCAUGCUCAGAAAAGGCCAUCUUCGCAGUGCACACAAGAUUAUAUAGGUCGCGCUUGGGGUAGCGUGGUCAAAACCUCCCAAACUCGCUUUUUGGCUUAAGCUGACAGCAAGAAAAGAAUACACUGAAUGAGACUUGGAAAAACUAGAUACCACCAUUAGAUGAGAAUAAUGAUGACACCAUUCAAGGUGGUUGUCGUAGUAACGGUUGUCAUGGUCGUCAUUAGUAAUGCUUUACGUGAAGACGAGGCAAGACGUAUAGAAAAACAGGCCCUCAUUUUCAAAUUCUUGGAAGAUCUGGAACAAAAAUUGAAGCUGGAGCAAGCACAGGAACGCCAAUACAAUGCACAAAAAAAACAAAUAAAAUUAAAACGAAUGCAAGACAAGUCAACUGAUCUAGAAGAUGAGCUAAAUAGCUUAAGCGAUGAAAAUAAGAUUAUUGAAAUAGAGCCAGACGCCACAACAGUAAAAAAAGAGGAGAAGCGAGCCUGCCGAAACGAGAUAUCCGGCAGUCGAUGCCAACUUCUACGAUGGUUUGGGAACGGUUGUAAAAGCGCAAAAAUGCGAAAACAGUGCAAGGCUACCUGUGGUUAUUGCUGAUGCGCAAGGCCUACUUACCAAGGCCUCAAAAGUCUUGUAUCAUCAGUGAUACUGUCUCUUUUUAGAGGAUGUAAUAACAUGAAUAAAAUUAGCCUAUUUGUAGGCUUUGAUAGUUUUUCCGGCACGAAAACCCCGAAAACAUACCACGGCCGCCAUCUUGGAUAACGCGCUCCUCAGGGGGAGGGGGGAAAAAUGCGAACUUCGUGCGGGGUUUUCGUGCCGGAAAAACUAUUAAAGCCUACAAGUAGGCUAGAAUAAAAUAUUUCCUGGGCCACUCCAGCCAAACUCUAAAGACACGCGGCAAGUUCAUACUGCUGCAACAAGCUGAAGAGACCCCAUCUUUACGUGAAUCAACAAAAUGGAAAUAGCGACCAUUUUACCUAGGAACCAAUCAGUGGCAUCGGAUAUAGCUACCGGCUGCAUCAGUAUGACGCGCAAUUUCAUGUUUUAGUAACGUGGGCUUGUCCGCCACAAUAGUUUGUCGUUUGCGCGUGCGUGUUUAUAAGUCCCGGAUGUCCCCUAUGGAGGGGGUCUGAGGUAUGACCCCCCACCCCUCUGGAAUUUCCAACCUCUCUGUAACUACACAUUUAGCGAUUGUGAGAUAGGCAAGGAGUGCCUUAGAUUGACUGUUAUGGAAAGCAGUCUCCAAAUUUUCUAUACAUCCUUUCUAUACAGAAAUUCCUUUCAAUAAAAAUUGAUUCAAUUGUCCAAAAAUGACUGCCAAACCCCGGCAAGGCAUCGCAACAUGGACAAUAUACACGUGUGCACUUCUUUAAGUAAAAAAACGUCCUAACAAAGGUGAAUUAAAGUAAAAUACACAACAACAA